AAUCUCCCUCCCACUCUGCGUUUUAUCAUGACGUCUUACUUGAUGAGCUGGCUUACUGGUGCUCCGGCCGUAGCAGCGCCUGCGCCUGCGGUGGUACCCGAUGCUCCAGACAUCGUGCGCGUCUCGCCCCCUCCUUCGGACGACGAGGACGCCACGGAGAGGGAGGAUGACGACAAUUACGUCCCGAUGUUCCCUGCACCCAAUAGCGCCCAACGUGCAUCGUCGGGCUCGAAGACGAAUUCCCUCAAGAUACUAUCGGAUUCUGCGCGUAUGCCGCCCCCGCCUGCCCCCUCGCUCGCGACGCGGACACCAGGCGUUGCAUCGAGGUCGUCCGCUCCAUCUUCAUCGAUGCUGGCGCCUGCGGCAACGACGAAGCGCCCUGCGAAGCCGUCGGGGAAGAAACGUGAGAAGGUCGCCCUGACGCCCGGCCACAGUCCUCUUGAUUGGGCUGCGCUCAAAAGCUCCGGGGCCGAUCUAAGGGGCGUAGACAGCCUGAUGCGCAUCCCGCCGUCCGUCCUGAAACAACACCGUACGAAGGAGGACGCCUGGUCUGCGUUUUUCGGGAAGGUGUACAACAUCACGCCGUAUCUUGCGUUUCAUCCCGGGGGCGAGAAAGAGCUGAUGCGUGUGGCCGGGAGGGAUGGGACGUACAUGUUCACAUCUACACAUGCAUGGGUCAACGCCGACUUCAUGCUGGACGAAUGCCUCGUUGGGUUUCUGAUACCUGAGCCUGCAGCAGCGGACGCUGAAGAUGAUUAGAACGAGCCACGCACUUUCCUACACGCUAGAACAUUAUAGAUGCUUGUAUUGCGGAGAACAUGAGACUGGGAUUUGAUAGAUUGGGCUGUGAGGGCAUGUGUUUUCGGCGAGACUGUUCGCUAGCGGGCCCCAUUUAAACAGCCCAGCCAUUGCAUUGAUUGCUGUUUCUCCUCGACUCACCAUGUCAUUCUUUGCUGGAGCCAAGGGCUGUGUCGUCUCCGAUGGAUUCUUCCUGCAUGUCGGCGGUGACAUGCAUCAGCAUAAUCACCGGACCACUACCUUCACGACUGGCUCGCACAAUGCAUACGACGGCGGGGCGAAGUCCACUUCUGCAUACGGCUGGUCUGAUGACGAGUCCGAUUAUCCCUACCCCGGCCCUUACUCUCGCCAUCGUCCGCAAUCGCAUCUAGACCGCGGCGCGACACGAGGUUAUGGACCCACCGUCGACCAAUCGGGCGUUCGUGCCUCACGAUACGGGUUCGGUCCCAGGUGGAAGCGCCGGCGAUCAAACCCAAGGACCCAUGGCCAACCCAAUAGACCGAUCGUGACCGAGCCUGAGGAGCGGGAGCAGCCCACAGAACACAUCAGCGACUUUGACGCGCCGUUCGAUGACGUCAAUGUCGAUGAGCUUGCCAACACCGGAAGCACGAGCGAGCACCAGACCUCUCAAGGAGCCGCUGAGUUGCCUGACAGCUUCGCUGGCGCCUCGUCGCCGUUUGCGCACAACGAAUCGCUGGAGCGCGCGAGGCAUGCAUUUGUCAAUAUGACAUUGGACGAGGGGACCCCUUCGGCGCGGAUAGCUGAGGAACGCAGCUUCUUCGGUGUCAACUGGCGGCGCCUUGUCAGAAUGCAUUAGGAUCCGGACUUUUCUCAUCAUAAAUCGCUCUCGCUCUCUCUCUUGCACUCAUAUUUAUUGGCCCAGUUGGGCACUAUCACGACAUUGCAUUGAUCUCUUUUCUUUGGUAUCAUCAUGGACUGCUGUAUCAAGCUCUUCUCUUUGAUAAUGUGACGGACUUCUUGCUUUCGA